UCACUGUCACUGUCAGUUGCGCGUAAAUCGUUGAGUUUUCGUGUUUUUGUACCGUUUCCCGUGAUUCAUAUUGAUAAUAUUUAUUAGAUUUGUUUGAAAAUGCCUCCUCCCGCUGAGUUGAGUUGCGAUGAAAUAUUAAAGUUCAUGUUGGCCCACAACGGGAAAGUGACCAAUCAUGAAUUGGUGAAACAUUUCAAAGUGUUUUUGAUGAAUCCGGACAUGAGAGAUGAAGCACGCAGCACUUUCAAAAAGCAUGUCAAUGCACUAGCAAUAAUCAAGAAUCAGAACAAUGAAAAAUGGUUGAUAUUGAAAAAAAAAUACUUGCCGCCUACUGGGAAAGAAAACGAAGAAAUAACAGAGUGUAAAAGCCCUGAUAUCAGGAAUGAAAGUGAACCUAUCUUAGAACUUCCAAUACAGCCUCCUUACAAACCUCCUCCACCUUUGCAACUUAACCAAGACUUUAAUAUCCUCAGCAACAUGGUACCAGAUCCUACUCCUAUAACAUCACCUUUACCGCCUAUAGAUCUACAACCAAGUACAAGCAAGGACAGCUUAGUAACUGAGGACAUACCUCCAAAGGUCCACCCUCGGAGACGUUCAUCAGAUAAAUCUGUUUUGGACAAGUCUAUUCCGAGUCACAGCUUAAGUUCAUCCAGUAGUGAGUUAAAAGAAAACCCACUCACAACAUCACGGAGUGAAAGCAUGCUGGUAGAGAGUGAGCAAAAGAUAUCUGUGAAGGAGCGCAAGCAAAUGUUUAACAAAAUGGCGUCAGAAAGUGAUGUUUUGAAGUCUAAUCAACUCAGCUUUAACUCGACUGUGGAUGAAGAAGACAGAGCAUCACUGGAGCACAAAGAAACGGAUCCUCUGGACCCGAAACAGAAGCAGUGGAUACUUUGCGCAGCCAGGGGGGAGUACCACGCUCUCGCGAAGAUGUGCAAAGAAAAUGCGAAACUUGUACGGACUAAGGAUCCUUUCACGGUAUGUCACUGAUCUGACGCAGCAGCCAAAGGUCGAUCGAGACUACAGGCUGAAGCCGCUUGGUGGCUUCGGUGUGUAGUCUCCAACAGACUAUUGAAAAAUGAACUUUUUUUCCAUGUCCCGUCGUCGGCACCUCGUCGCCUCUCUUCAGGGUGUAAGUA